CGGGGCUCGGGUGUGUGUGUGUAGCAGGGGCCGGGGGACUGUCGCCGCUAUUGCGGCGUCGGACGUGCGGAGCAGCUGCCGGGGGUGCCGGGGCGCCGCGUUCGUCGCCGCCAUGAGCUACACAGGCUUUGUCCAGGGAUCUGAAACCACUCUGCAGUCGACGUACUCAGACACCAGCUCGCAGCCCACUUGUGACUAUGGCUAUGGAACGUGGAGCUCUGGGGCAAACAGAGGCUAUGAGAACUAUGGCUAUGGCUAUGGCUAUGGCCAGGAUAACACCAGCAGCUAUGGGUACAGUAUGGCUGCAUCCCACUCUUGGGAAAUGCCUGGCUCUGAAACAAACGCCAACCCCAGUGCCAUGGGUAGCGCCGGUGCCGAGUCUGUUUUAUCCAAAAUUAACCAGCGCUUGGACAUGGUGUCACACUUGGAAACGGACAUGAUGCCAGGAGGCAUGUACAGCUCAGGUGGAGAGAGGUAUGACGCCUACGAGGCCUGCGACUCAAGGGCCGUCCUGGGCGGGCGUGACCUGUACCGCUCAGGCUAUGACUAUGGCGAGCUUGACCCUGAGAUGGAGAUGGCCUACGAGGGCCAGUACGACGCCUACCGUGACCAAUUCCGCCUGCGUGGCAGCGAGGCUCUGGGCCCGCGGGUGCAGGGCUGGGCCCGGGAUGCCCGGAGCGGCCGGCCAAUGGCCUCGGGCUAUGGGCGUGUGUGGGAAGACCCCAUGGGGGCCCGGGGCCAGUGCCUGCCCGGGUCCUCCCGGCUGCCCUCCCUCUUCUCCCAGAACAUCAUCCCCGAGUACGGCAUGUUCCAGGGCAUGCGCGGCGGGGGCGCCUUCCCUGGAGGCUCCCGCUUUGGCUUUGGCUUUGGCAACGGCAUGAAGCAGAUGCGGCGCACCUGGAAGACCUGGACCACGGCCGACUUCCGGACCAAGAAGAAGAAGAGAAAGCAGCCCGGCAGCCCGGACGAGCCCGACAGCAAAGCCAGCAGGACGGACUGCUCGGACAACAGCGACUCAGACGUCGAUGAGGGCACUGAGGGGGAAGGCGCCGAGGGCCCUGAGGCUGUGGAGAAGAGCUCCAGAGUGGAAGAAGAUGAGGAGGGCAAAGAGGAUGGGAAAGAAGAAGGCAGAGAGGAUGCAGAGAAGGGGGGCCUCAGCGUCCAGGACGAGAGUGGCCAGAACAAGCGCCAGCUGCUGGCCAGCAGGAGGAGCCAGGACAAGCAGAAGAGGCGGCAGCGAGACCGCAUGGUGGAAAGGAUCCAGUUUGUGUGCUCUCUCUGCAAAUACCGCACAUUCUACGAGGACGAGAUGGCUGACCACUUGGAUAGCAGGUUCCACAAGGAGCACUUCAAGUACAUGGGCACCAAGCUCCCCAAGCAGACAGCUGACUUCCUGCAGGAGUACGUCACCAACAAGACCAAGAAGACAGAAGAGCUCCGGAAAACCGUAGAAGACCUUGACGGCCUGAUUCAGCAGAUCUACAGAGACCAGGACCUGACCCAAGACAUUGCCAUGGAGCAUUUUGUUAGGAAGGUGGAGGCAGUGCACUGCGCAGCCUGCGACCUCUUCAUUCCCAUGCAGUUUGGGAUCAUCCAGAAGCACCUCAAGACCGUGGAUCACAACCGUAACCGCAGGCUCAUGAUGGAGCAGUCCAAGAAGUCCUCGCUCAUGGUGGCCCGCAGCAUCCUCAACAACAAGCUCAUCAGCAAGAAGCUGGAGCGCUACCUGAAGGGCGAGAACCCCUUCACCGACGCCCCGAGGAGGAGCGCGAGCAGGAGGAGGCCGAGGGCGGCUCGGCGGACGAGCCCGCAGAGGGGGCACCGGCGCAGCCCCCCGUGCCCCCGGAGCCAGCCUGAGGCCGCGCCGCCGCCGCCCCCCCGCGGAGGAGGAGGGGGAGGAGGCCGCCCCUGCUGGGCGGCGCGCUGCAGCGCCGGGUCCGCGGCAUCCCGGGCCUCGACGUGGAGGCCGACGUACGACGAGGAGGGCAGGCGGGGCGUCCCGUGACCCGGGCCCGGCGGGCGGGCGGGGCCGCAGCCGCCGCAAUAAAGUUUCUCGCAGCCGCC